GCCUGCGCACAGCCUCGCCGCACCCUGCGCUUGCGCGCUUCGCAAGUCCGGCCCCAACCCCCAGGUUUUCCUGGUGGGGGGAGGGCGCACGUCUCGGCGAGUCACGAUGAUGGCGGCCACCAUCCUGUGGUGAGGUAGCGGAUUCUCUGCCGGUCUCGCGGACCACCGCCCCCCGCCCGUCCUGCGGACUCAGCGGCUGGCGCGUGCGGAAGUACGGCGGCCCGAGCUCCGCGGGAAGGCCGCAGUCGCGAGCGCAGCGGCGCGGCCCGGAGGUGAAAGCACUGAAAGAGAAGAUUGAAUCUGAAAAAGGGAAAGAUGCCUUCCCAGUAGCAGGUCAAAAAUUAAUUUAUGCAGGUAAAAUCCUCAAUGAUGACACUGCUCUCAAAGAAUAUAAAAUUGAUGAGAAAAACUUUGUGGUGGUUAUGGUGACAAAACCCAAAGCAGUGACCACAGCAGCACCAGCUACAACGCAGCAGUCAAGUCCUGCCAGCACCACCACUGUUAGUUCCUCCACAGCAACAGCUGUGGCUCAGGCACCAGCCCCUGCCCCUGCUUUGGCUCCCACUUCCACACCUGCGUCCAUCGCUCCAACAGUGACGGCAGCAUCUUCUGAACCUGUGCCUGCUAGUGCAGCUCAGCAAGAGAAGCCUGCAGAGAAGCCAGUAGAGACGCCGGCAGCUAGCAGCCCCACAUCAGCUGACAAUACAUCAGGAGAUUCUUCUCGGUCAAACCUUUUUGAAGAUGCAACAAGUGCACUUGUGACAGGUCAGUCUUACGAGAAUAUGGUAACUGAGAUCAUGUCUAUGGGCUAUGAGCGAGAGCAAGUAAUUGCAGCCCUGAGAGCCAGUUUCAACAACCCUGACAGAGCAGUGGAGUAUCUUUUAAUGGGAAUCCCCGGAGAUAGAGAAAGUCAGGCUGUGGUUGACCCUCCUCAAGCAGCUAGUACUGGGGUACCUCAGUCCUCCGCGGUGGCAGCAGCUGCGGUGACAACAACAGCAGCGACGACAACAACAAGUUCUGGAGGACAUCCCCUUGAGUUUUUACGGAAUCAGCCUCAGUUUCAACAGAUGAGACAAAUUAUCCAACAGAAUCCUUCCCUGCUUCCAGCAUUGCUACAACAGAUAGGUCGAGAGAAUCCUCAGUUACUGCAGCAAAUUAGCCAACACCAGGAGCAUUUUAUUCAGAUGUUAAAUGAACCAGUUCAAGAGGCUGGUGGUCAAGGCGGAGGUGGCGGAGGUGGCAGCGGAGGAAUUGCAGAAGCUGGAAGUGGGCACAUGAACUACAUCCAAGUAACACCUCAGGAAAAAGAAGCUAUAGAAAGGUUAAAGGCAUUAGGAUUUCCUGAAGGACUUGUGAUACAAGCGUAUUUUGCUUGUGAGAAGAAUGAGAAUCUGGCUGCCAAUUUUCUUCUACAGCAGAACUUUGAUGAAGAUUGAAAAGGACUUUUUUGUAUCUCACACUUCACACCAGUGCAUUACACUAACCUUGUUCACUGGAUUGUCUGGGACGACUUGGGUUCAUAUCCGCAGUACUUGGUAUAUGAUAGUAGAUUGUUUGGGUGGGGUGGGUGGGAUCUAGGAUACAGGGCAGGGAUAAAUUACAGUGCAUGUCUGCUUCAAUUAGCAGAUGCCACAAAUCCACACAGUGUGUAAAAUAUACAACCAAAAAUCAGCUUUGCAGGUCUUUAUUUCUUCUAUAAAACAGUAGGUGACUUUUCCUAGGUUUCACUCCUCUUAGUGUACUAGAUCCAGAAAUUUAGUGCAGUGCCCUGCUUUACGUUUCUUUGACCUAACAUUGGUUUCUGAACAAAUCUUCGCUACCUAGAAUUUACAGUCUGUUUCAUGGCAACACUGGAUAAUGGCUUUUUGAAACUGAGAGGAACUUUGGAGUAACUGUAAGCAGAAAUACCAAAUCACCCGUGGUCAUUGUUGCUGCUUCACAAAAGUGUACAAUUGAUGUGUAAGGAAGCCCAUUCUUUCACGUUAAAUACUUAGGGUGUGGGAGGGGAGAAAGGGAACUUUUUAUUAAAUUGAAAAUUAUUACUGCUCUUUUAAAAUUUCUUGAUCAUUGAAUGUGAGACCCUUCUAACAUGAUUUGAAAAGCUGUUCAAGUAUAGGCAGUUAUUUUCUUGUUUACAUUUUUUGUUUGGGGGAAUAAUUAGUAGGUGUCUAAUUACUGUUUACUUCAUUGUUACAUUGCAGUAAAAGAUUUAAAACAACCAUUGCAUGUUUGCUUUUGAUGUAUCCCGUUGUGAAGUCAGCACUUUUGGGGCCAAUGGAGAAAUGCAGUGUCUCCCCUUCUCCCUUUCUUCCUCUGUCCUCAGCAGAAAUGUGUUUAUCAGCAAGUUAGACUGCUGCCUUCAAAAAUACAAAAAAAAAAAAAAAAAAAAAAACCUCAGAAUGAUAAUUCAAUUCAAAAUUUCUGGAGAUGAUUCAAAACUGGGUUUCUGAUGUUUGUAAAUGUUUUUCCUUUACUAGAUAAGAAUGUGUUACCAUUUAAGUCAUUAGUAUUAUAUUGCUUUCAAAACAGAGGUGAAUAGAACUAUAAGGCAGCAUCUUUUACUGCAUUGAAAGACUGAUGCAUUCUUUUGGAAUGGUUGGGAGAUGUGGCUGGAAAAGUACUUUGGAAAAUAUACAAUCAAGAUAUCUCAUGGCAUAUUAAAAGAAAACUCUUAAUAGCGGUGUUGGCUUUUAUUUGGGUUUUCUCAAAUCUCAGUUUAUUCUUUGUUAUUGUUAUUUGAUCAUAAAGAAGGGCAAAUGUCUACUUGUUCAGUUUAUCAAAUCUAUUUUCCUAAAUAUAAAUAGGACUAUUUAAAGAAAUAUUUUUUCCUACCAUCUGAUACAAAGAAGAUGAAUUUGCACAGAUUUCUCCCUGCGUAACCUCUUUCAAUAUCCUUAGCACAGUUUGGUGAUAACUCUAAGCUCUUACGUCAUAUACUCAUGACCUGUCUCUUGUGAAAAUAAAUGAAACUAUGAUUUUCCUUCACAAUGUA